AUGGACGAGCUCCGCCGCGCCCAGGCCACGCCGCUGUCGGCCGCGCCCUCCGCUGCACGCCGGCCGCCGCCCUCCGCUGCACGCCGGCCGCCCGCCACCACCCAGCGCCGUCCGCCCAGCACGUCCAUGUCGUGCCCUCGCAGACCUCGCGUUCCGGCCGCCGCCCGCCGCCGCCCGCCACCGCCCAGCAUCGCCCGCCGCCGCACAGCGCCGCCCUCCGCCGCGCAGCGCUGCCUGCCGCCGCCCAUGGCCGCCCAACGCCGGGUCGCUUCAGUUUUCCCCACUGUGGAUGCCAAGAAGCUGCGGCAUUCUGCGACGCCGACGGACCCCGUCUCCAAGGUGCUUGAUGACGACGACCUCCUCAUGGAGAUCAUGGUCCUCCUUGGCUUCCCCACAUGCCUUGUCCGUGUGGCCCUUGUCUGCACGCGCUGGUUCUACCACGCCUCUGACCCCGCCUUCCUCUGUCGGUUCCGCAAGCUCCACCCGCCUUGCCUCCUUGGCUUCUACGUCGAUACCUGGACCACGAAAGCCCCACACUUUGUGCCGAUGGUGCCGCACCCCCCAGAGCUCGAGUCAGUCUUCCGUCAUGCAAGAUUUGUACUAGAGGGCUCUGUCGUGGAUAUCCGGAACGGCAUUGUCCUUGUCGGAUCAUCACAAUCUGGAGCUAACUACUACCCAUUGUGCCCCGAGAGAGGAAUGUCUAGCCUCCCGCGGUUCCGAGGACACCAUGCCCCGGAAGGCAAUGUGGACAUGGUGGGAAAACUCGUCCUCGGAGAAGGUGUUGGCCUCUCCUACUGUUAUGUUGCGGUCAAGUAUACCGAGGAAAGAAUGAAAUCUAUUGUGCACGUGUACGCAUUACAAGAUGGUGUCUGGUGCAUGCAUACCUCGGCCGUGACAGAUCUCGCUUGUGAGCCAUCACGUAGACCUUUGCUCGUUGGUAAUAAAAUAUAUAUAUUGGCCUUGUCGAGCGACAUUCUUGUCUUGGAUUUGGCGACAUUAAGGUUCUCCACAUUUAAUCGCCCACAAGGGUUGAUUGUUAGUGGCAAACGCAGAAGACCAUUGUUGUCACGGGCUGAUGAUCAUUUGGGUGUAUAUCUCAUCAAUUUGAAUGAGUUUCAGCUAUGCAUCUGGCUCUACAAAGGGGACAAAUGUUUGCUGGUGGAUAUUGUUUUUUUGCGUGAGAUUCUUGCUGAUUUGAGGAUGUCAGAUGACACGCUUAAGGAUGAGCAUAUUGCUAGUCUGCGACUAAGCCAGGUGGGAGACAAUGCUGAGUUUGCUUUAUUAAAGAUCGGUCGAUCCGUACUCCAUCUAGAUAUCAAGUGCAGGACGUUGCGUAAAGUAUAUGCUAUGACAAGUGAUGAUUGUAGUUUCAAUCGUUUACAUCCUUUAACGAUGAUAUGGCCUCCCAAAUUUCCGGUGAUCAGGGCUGAUACUGCAAGCCGCAGCCCAUCAGUGUUGCAACAGGCCACUGUCCUCCUACAAGUUCUGUUGUAG